UUGUCUGGAAGGGGAAAAUGGCAGCUUGCAGGUGCAGUGUGGUAUUGUUGGCAGUGGUGAUCGUAGGUGGUUAUGUGGUCUCUGCAGCAGAACCGGACCGGGCACAAACAGGAAGAAGCUCCGAGUUGCUUAAGGAUUCCGCUGAUACCAUUGCAUCGCAACUGGACAAGAAUGAUCAUGUUGAAGAAAGGCAGCCGGAGACGUCUCCCCGCACCGAAUCGGAGAGUCAGUGGGAGCCCUCUGAAGUUAGAUUAGACCGAACCGAACCCCCAGAGAACGAAGAUGGGCCCCCUGACACGGCGGACAGUUCGGUGCCGCCGAAGACCGAACCUGAACGGACACGAGAUGAGUUUCAGGAGGAGCUGGUGAUCAGACCUUUACCAACCGGAGAUGUUUACUCCAGCUUCCAGUUUCGCACCCGGUGGGAUACAGACUUCUUCCAUCAGGGGAAAAAGGUGUCUCACUACAGGCUGUUCCCUAAGUCCCUGGGCCAGGUCAUCUCCAAGUUCUCCGUGCGCGAGCUGCACAUCUCCUUCACCCAGGGCUACUGGAGGACCCUGCAGUGGGGACAGCCGUUCCUGCCAGCGCCCCCUGGUGCCGAGCUUUGGGUCUGGUUCCAGGACAGCGUUUCGGAUGUGGACAGGGCCUGGAAGGAGCUGACUAAUGUACUGUCAGGGAUCUUCUGCGCCUCCCUCAAUUUUAUUGACUCCACCAACACAGUCCAGCCAAGUGCCUCCUUCAAACCUCUGGGAAUCGGGAACGUGACUGAGCACCGGUUCCUGCGUUACGCUGUGUUGCCGCGGGAGAUUGUGUGCACGGAGAACCUCACCCCAUGGAAAAAGCUGCUGCCUUGUGGUUCUAAGACUGGCAUUGCCAUGCUGCUGAAGUCCGAGAAGCUUUUCCACACCAGCUUCCACUCGCAGGCCGUCCACAUCCGCCCUGUGUGCCAGGACGGAGCGUGCCGGAGCACGGCGUGGGAACUGCGGCAGACCCUGAGCGUGGUGUUCGACUUGCACGCCUCUGGGCAGGGCAAGAGAGAGUGGUCCCUGUUCAAGAUGUUCUCUCGCACCCUGACCGAGCCCUGUCCGCUGGCCUCCUCCAGCAAAGUGUAUGUUGACGUCACGGACAACACCCAGGGGGAGCUCUUUGAGCUCAACCCGGCCUCCCCCUCGCUGACGCAGGCUGCGGUGUUGGGGGACCGCAGGAACUACACCGUCUACGACCUCCUGAACCCCGAAUCCUUUGGCACCCACCGCUCUCUCAACAUCCUCCUCAAGUGGAAGUCCCAGGACAGUGGGCACUUCCUGCGGCCUCUGCUCCACGCGGAGCGCUACGUGGGCGGCUACGGGCUGCAGACGGGCGAGAUUCACACCCUCGUCUACAACAGCCACCCGUUCCGCGCCUUCCCCGCGCUGCUGCUGGAGACGGUGCCCUGGUACCUGCGCCUAUACGUCCACACCCUGUCCGUCACCAGCAAGGGCCGGGAGAACACGCCCAGCUAUAUCCACUACCAGCCAUCGAAGGACCGUCAGCGCCCCCAUCUGCUGGAAAUGUUAGUGCAGCUUCCUCCCAACUCCGUCACCAAGGUUACCGUGCAGUUUGAGAGGGCCCUGCUGAAGUGGACGGAGUACACCCCUGACCCCAACCACGGCUUCUAUGUUGGUUCAUCUGUUCUUAGUGCCCUUGUGCCAAGUGUCGUUGCCAUGGACACCAACAGGACGAAGGACCGCCCCCUUUUCACCAGCUUCUUCCCGUGCAUGGAGGAAUCGAGCUACUUCAUACGGGUGUACACCGAGCCCCUGCUGGUGAACCUGCCCACCCCAGACUUCAGUAUGCCCUACAAUGUCAUCUGCCUGACCUGCACCGUGGUCGCCGUGGGCUACGGCUCCCUGUACAAUCUGCUGACCCGCAGCUUCCAAGUGGAGGAGCCCAGCGGGGGGCUGGCCAAGCGACUGGCCAACGCCAUCCGCAGACUGAGAGGGGUACCCCUGUUGUAAGAGGGGGUGGCCUAGGGGCGCCAGUUCCAUUCAGUCCGGACGGCGUGCCACUCUGGAGAUCUGAGUGAGGGAUUGAAGAACUAAUCACGGUCCCAGGGGGGAGUAAUUCCUCAGAAACAAAAACUGCCCUGUCAGGAAUGUUGGAAGAAGAGGAAUGUUACAUUCUUGUUUUCGGGAUGUUAUGCACUGAAUCUAAAAUUCUUGUGUUAUGAAAAACGAUGUAAAUUGGAUGAGUGAGACUUUUUCACAAAUUUACCUCUUUUAUGACAGCAUAUUUCAGCAGCUGUCUGAAAGACGCUGUUUUCACUAGCAUAAAGAACAUGCCAGAAAUCCUUCCCACCAAUUUAUCUUUUUUAUUACAUCUUUAGAGAAAGAAAAGGUCAAAAUUCCUGUAUAAUAUCUUCAAAAGUACUGGUGUUAGUCACUAGGAAUUGGCUCAGCUUUAUGGUCUUUCUGUUUUGGCCCUGAGGAAGUGGAGUUUUUUCCUCUCCUCUUCCAGAAAGCUGGGCUCGUUACUCUGGAUUUUAACUACAGGAGACAGAGAGGGGGGAAAGCAGCCUUUUUGUUGCUGCACUGUGAAAACAAAAAUAGUCACUGAAGGAAAUUCCUGUACGUCUGCGAGCACUGCUGUGUAAUUAGUGCCGAACCCUCCGAGCCGACAGCUACUGUCAUUCUUUCGCUGUGAAAGAAAAGCGAACAGAAAAGAAGGCACUAAUUUAAACCAGGCUGAAAACGGAGCCUGUAAUUUUAGAAACUUUGGGGAAAAAGAACGUCGAUUUACUAAGCCGUUGUGCAUUUUCAUUUGAAAGAGGAACGCGAGACGGAGAGUGUAUUUGACAGACAAGGCAAUAUUGUGCAGUCGUCAGUAAUUCUUGUCAUUCUGUAAAUGGGUUUCAAGGUCAUUUUGAAGUGCUGACCAACGCCGAAGAGAACCCAGGAAUUCUUCAGAUAUAAUGGAUAUGAUGAUGUGGAUCGUGACUUGGACUGUGAGAUGGGAGAAGGACAGUCACUGAUUGACUGUCCCUGAGCUGUCACGAACUGCACCUGUAAUAGCACUAAGGCUAGUAAACAAGGAAGGCUAGGAAGGGCAACUGUUGUGAUUUCGUCCGGUUCGUUCUAAAAGAGCAUUUGCCUCCCUGUCUGUUAAAACUGUGGACAAAAGGGACUUUUUCACCCAACUGUGAAUCCUUUCUUGUGAUUGUUUUGUGACUUUGUUGGCUUAUAGUUUGUUUACUGUCAUGUUAGGUAUCUGGAAUUAACAAUAAAGGGGAAGGGUGGCUGACUUAUUUAUUCUUGAGGGAAAAUGAUCUGUUUUUAAUAAGCAAAGAUAUGGGGCAUCUUACAUUUUUCCUAGUAGUAUCACUGAUGUGGUUUUUAUGUUGACAUUUUUUUAGCAUGAGUGCCUCCGCUGAGGUAUUUUUUUGUUUAAAUGAUCCCGUUAAUUGAGAACUGGUUGUUGCUGACAUAUUUCUGCAUAUCGGUCCCUCAUUAGAAGCAGGACUUUGUCGUGA